AUGGCAUCCAUGGCGGGGAUAUGGGGGCCAGCGGCCGUCCGUGUCCUCCGUCUUGCUGCCACGAGAGCGACAGAAGCCGUGCGGGCCAAUCUUGCCGGCGCCGCGCGGCCGCUCUACGGGAAACCGCAAUACAUUCCCAUUCGAUCCGGCUCCGGCGGACGACAGCCCAUUCACCCAGCCGCCUUCUUGAAGCAGCAGAGGCGCUGGCUCUCGCGAGUCUCGGGCCAGCACGUCCAGGCCGUCCGCCGGUUCCUCAGCACCGCGCCCGGUGCUCGACAGCCAUUUCACCGAUCGCAGCUACCUUCGUCCAACACCUCUCGACGAGUCGCUCAGUUCUCCGGACGGGCCCCUUUUGCGAAUGCCCUACGACCAAACUUGACGGGCGGCGCGAUGCCGCGCUCCGCUGGCGGCUAUGGCAUCGGAGGGGGUGGGGCCAGGUACUUUUCUCACACGCCUGCGGCGCCUGCCCAGGUCGUGCAGAAUGUCUCUCAAGCCAUGAGAGCUUUCUUCUUGUCUGGACAGCGCCUCCAGUACGACGGCCCGGGAGCCAACGGUGAGCCCCAGUACCGUGCUGUGUCUGCGCUCGAGGACCAGGCCAUGCGCAAGAUGUCCAACUUCCCCCGCUUUGCCUCUGGCUCCUUCAUCGACUUCAAGCUCAGCCCCACGAUCACUGCGAUGAGCCCUCUUGCUGCCGCUCUUAUUGAAGCCUCCGACAUCUCUGGCUUCAAGGGCGCCGCUGCUUCCGACGGCGCCUCGCUCAACACCGACGGAUUCUUGGAUGUACUCUCGACCGAUUUUGGCCGCGCUCUCAAAGAUCUUACAGCCGUGUAUGCAGAUCUUCGUCGACUCUCUGUUCUUGGAGACUUGCCCGUUUCAAUGGAAAAGAACAAUGUUCUUCGAGUCCGGUUCCCUGGAGUUGAUGUAUACACAUUGGAACGGCUCUGCGACGAUAUUGGCAUCGAACGGGGUGUGCUUGGUCAGGACCCGCAGUCUGAAAAGAUGCAUAUGACGCUUCAGAUUCCAUUCGCCCCCGAGUCGACAAAGACAUUUACGUCGCCUGGUGGUUCCACCAGAUCUAUCUGGGGACCUGGCUCAGAAUAUGAUUCCUUGGGCGAUGACUCUCUGAUUCAAGAGGCAUUCGGGCUGGACGGAAAUCCUUGGCUGUCAGACCCUGAAGAAUAUGAAAGUCUCUCGCCGGCUAGUGGCUCAGUGGAGCAUCCAUCUCAGGAUUUUGAAGGCCUUGAGGGCGUAUAUAGGUUCUUGGAGGAGUGCGACAGGGCGAAGGGCCGUGUCGGCUAG